AUGACUCCAUCAUAUGUCGCAUUCACUGACAAUGAUAUAUUGAUUGGUGAAGCGGCCAAGAACCAAGCAAUACUCAAUCCAAACAAUACCAUAUUCAAUCAUAAACGUAUACUUGGAAGAAAGUUCUCAGAUCCAAUAGUACAAGAUGCAAUCAAGUGGUCUUUAUAUAAGAUUGUAAAGGCUGAGGAUGAUGACAAGCCACUAAUUAUGGUCACGAUAAUGGGAGAGGAGAAGAUGUACAGUCCAGAGGAGAUCACUGCAAUGUUAUUAAAAAGAAUAAUGGAGAAUGCACAAGUAUACCUUGGCCACCCAGUCAAGAAUGUCUAUCUAAAUUGUCCAACUGGUUCCAACGACUUUCAACGUCAUGGUAUCAGGGAAGCUGGUGCCAUAGCAGGUCUAGACGUCUUGAGGGUCGUUAGUUCUUCAACACUAGCCUGUAAAGCCUACGAUCUGGCAAAGUACAAUCUCGAGAAGAACUUUCUGGUCUUUGACCUUGGCGGCAGCUCUCUUGAAGUUUCAGCUCUCACAUCUGACAAUGGCGUCUACGAAGUGUUGGCUACACAUGGAGACACACACCUUGGUGGCAAAGACUUUGACCUUCGUCUUAUGGAUCACCUUUUGGCAACUUUCUUGAACAAGACCAACUUGGACGCAUCGAACGAUCGACAAGCAAUGCAGAAGCUUACCCUGGCCACUGAGCAAGCUAAGCAUUUGCUCUCGUUAAGAAAUGAGACAACAAUAGACAUUCAAGACUUCUUUGAUGGGCAUCAUCUCAACGAGACAGUGACACGCGAUCAGUUCGUUGAGCUUAACAUCGAUCUCUUUAAGAGGACUCUCGAGUCCGUAAAGCGAGUGAUUGAAGAGAGUGGUCUCAAGAUCUCUGAGUUUCAUGAUCUCGUCUUGAUGGGUGGCUCCCUGCAUAUACCCAAAUUGCGACAGAUGGUUAGCGACUUACUACUCAAUGGCCCACAAAUACAUCGUGGCAUUAAUCCUGAAGAUACUGCUUCCAUUGGCGCUGUAGUUAUGGGAAAUGUACUCACUAAGGAUCAACAAUGGAGUUGUGGACUUCCAAACUUGGUCUUCAAUCCAUUGCCAUUUGGUAUCGAGACAAUGGGUGGCAUAAUGACUUCAAUCAUUGAGAAGAACUUCAUUGUCCCUACUAAGAGAUCCCAAGAGUUCACAACCGUACUCGACAAUCAAGACAAGAUGUCAAUCAAGGUGUUUGCAGGCAUGCGAACAAUGGCCAAAGACAACAUACCGUUGGGCAUUAUCGAGUUGUCUGGAAUCCCACCAAUGCCACGUGGUGAACCUCGUAUCCAAGUCUUGAUCGAGUUCAGCAUGGAUAAUAAGGUCAAUGUUCAUGUCAAGGUAGAUGGCACGGAAAUCAAACAUAACUUAACCAACAUCGAAUUUAACAUGGAGCCUGAAGACUUUGAGAAGCACAUUGAGGAGGCCUCGAACUUAUUCGAUGAGGACCAAGCCAUGAGGUUGAUGGUCGACGAACAUUUGGCCAAUUAUCAAGGUAGAACUGAUGAGUUAUUCAUAAUGGACGAUAGCCUUGGACUCGUGCCCGUCACGCCAUACUAUGAGUAUAACUAUGUCGAGAGUGGUCUUGGAGAUGACAUAAGUGAAUUUUUACUUGGAACGAUUAUGAACUUAAAGCAAAGAGGAUAA